AGGAUCAGCCCCCAGUUUGUCUCAGUACUAGGUACCAUGCAGAUCCAAGCCCAAAGCUAGAAACCAUCCUGGACCAGGCAGGUCAUCCCCAUUCAUAACUAACUCCUGAAGCUUCAACUAAAGGGUUGAGAUCGCAUUUUUCUGCACAACAAAACAAUAGGCAAGGAAAAUCCUAUCAGAAAAUCACAAUGUUAUCACAUUCUGCCAUGGUCAAAGAGAGGAAACAACAAGCAUCAGCCAUUAUGGAUGAAAUACACAGAAAUGUCUCACCCAGCUUAGACCUUGGAAAAAAGGUCAGCACUCCGAGAGAUAUCAUGGUAGAGGAACUAUCAACACUCAGCAAUAGAGGCGCAAGACUCUUUAAGAGACGUCAACGGAGAUCUGACAAAUACACAUAUGAAAAUUAUCAUUACGUAGCAAACAAGCCAAGAAAUCGUGGCGAGCCCAUACAGAGUGUUAAAAUGGAUGGCCUCAGUGUUGAAGGCAUUUCCCAGCAUGCCCCAAUGACACCUCCUAAUACACCUGAUCCCCGGAGCCCACCACAUCCUGAAAACAUUGCCCCAGGAUAUUCUGGACCACUGAAAGAAAUUCCUCCUGAAAAGUUCAACACUACUUCUGUGCCAAAGUACUAUCAGUCUCCCUGGAUAGAGGCCAUUAGAGAUGAUCCAGAGCUAUUGGAAGCUUUGUAUCCGAAACUCUUUCAACCUGAAGCAAAGCCAGACCUGCCUGACUACAGAAGCUUUAACAGAGUUGCUACUCCCUUUGGUGGUUUUGAGAGAGCAUCAAAGCUGGUCAAAUUCAAGGUACCAGAUUUUAAUCUACUGAUGCUAAAUGAUCCCAGAUUCAUGAUCCUUGCAAACCCUCUCGCUACCAGGAGAUCCUUCAAUAGGACUCCUAAGGGAUGGACGUCCGAGAAUAUUCCUGUAGUGUUCAUUCAGCCUUCGGAUUCCAACACUGUUCCAGAAACAGAUGACCUGUGACAGAAGCUGCACUCUGCACAUACACAUCGCUGAAAGCUGAAUAUCCAUGUGUUAUUGUUCCAAAUAGUGCUAAAGGCUACUGACAACAUCUUUCCUUGGUAGUUGGAGUAUAAGUAAUAACGUCUGAUGCAGUAUCUCUUUUCUGGUAUCUAAUUUCAUCUGUCGACAUAAUAUAAAUAAAGUAAUAUGGCAAGUACUGACUGAGGUAUUUUUUACUUGCGCUUGUAUGUUCUUCUUUUAUUUGAGUGAUAACCAGAAUUUGUCUAAAAUAUUUGCUUGUCAUUUUAGAACAGGUGCAUUAAGAAGAAUGACACAAACAUCAAGGGAUUUGAUAGGUAUGCUGAUACUAGUAAAAAAAACUAAGUGAUACGACAGAUUUACUCAGUGCACUCCUAGCACUGCCUGCUCAAGAUGAGCUCUGAGAAAUGAACCUUUUUCCCCCUGGGCCUGCUUCAGCCAAAGUUAAGUAGAGAUUUGUCAUUACUUCACUGACAGCAAGCUUAGGCUCUUUUCUUCUUUUUUGACUCUUACUCAGCUUUAAUUAUGGGCAUCAAUAUCCAUGUCACAUGGACACGUUUACAGAAAAUGCAGUAAAUCUGGCUAUGACAAAGGUUACAUGCUGGUUUGAAAAAGUACAAAGGUAUUUCCUGGAUGAUUUUAGAAUGGUUGUGUUAAUCACAACUGAAAAAAACCCACCAAUGACUGUUUAUGU